GAUCCUUUCAAUCGCAAUCUGCAUGUUCGUCGUCCAUACUCAGUCCCUGGCCCUAAUUCUUUGUGGCACAUAGAUGGACAUCACAAGUGUGUUCGUUGGCGGUUCAUCACACAUGCAGGAAUUGAUGGGUACAGUAGAAUGAUUGUGUUCAUGCGAUGCAGCACCAACAACCGUUCCUCGACAGUUCUAAACGCAUUUUUGGAAGGCAUUCAG